AUGGCGGCCAUCUGGCGCCUAGUCGGAGCGUCUCCCGCAAAAAGUCCACCGCCGGCGGUUGAGAGUGACGAGGUCUACCCGGUUCACAUGCUAGACGACACACAGACACUCCGGGACAUCGUCGUCACAUGGACGCUGUGCUUUAAUGAUGUACUGGACGCGGACAAGUUGUACAUGUCGCUGUCGAGACUGCUGGAAAUUGGUGACUGGAGAAAGGUCGGCGGUCGGCUGAGGUUGAAGGAGAAUGGGGAGCUGGAGAUUCAUGUACCACGGCCUUUCACGGCGGAGCGUCCUGCCGUGUCGUAUACCCACCAAUCCCUAGCCAUGGACAUUGAAGACCAUCCGCUGGCAAAGACCCUCCCCAAAGCAACCGAAGCCCCAUCCAUACAACCCGGGCCACAGGGCUUUCGAGUCUUUGCCGCUCGGGAAGAUGCGCCGGCGACGCUCGAGGAUUUCGUCUGCCAGGACACCCCCCAGCUGUCGCUACACAUCACUUCGUUUAAUGACGCGACGCUCGUGGCUCUCUCGUGGCCACAUACACUGAUGGAUGUCAUGGGCCAGCAAGCCCUCCUGCGCGGCUGGUCUCUAGUGCUAGCCGGCCGGGAGGCAGAAGUACCCCCUAUGCUCGGUGCACGAGAGGACGCAUUGUGUGCAGCCGCAGAUGCGCCCGUGGAAAAUGAAGAAGAGUUCAGGCUGGGGCAGAAGCGGCUGAGGGGAUGGGCCAUGCUCAUGUUCGGGCUGCGAUUUGCCUGGGAUCUGCUGUGGAAUCGGGUCGUCGAGACACGCACCAUCUUCUUGCCCAAGAGGAUAGUAGCCGAGCUGCGACGCCGGGCGCAGGGCGACCUGGCUGCACAGGAUAGCGGACAGGAGAAGCCAUUCAUCAGCGAGGGCGACGUGCUGACCGCGUGGGCACUACGUGCAGUGGUUUUCUCCCUACCGCAGCCACGGCCAGUGUCGGUGCUUCACGCGCUCAACGCGCGGUUCCGACUCUCUUCGCUAGUUCAAGCUUCAGGUGUCUACGUCCAGAACAUGGCAGUGGCCGCCUUUACGUUCCGUUCUCGUGAGGUCGCGACGGGCUCUCUAGGCGCCAUAGCUCUGGAGAACCGCCGCCAAUUGAUGGAGCAAUCGACCGAGGCACAGGUGCUUGCCUGCCUGCGCGAGCUGCGACGGGAGUCCAAAUCGGGCCGAAGCGACCCACGGAUGGUGUGCGGUGAGCCCGACGCCCUGCUGAUGCCUUUCACCAACUGGACCCGGGCCGGCUUCUUCGAGACGGCCGACUUCAGCCCUGCACUUGUUCGCGCUGGCAAGACGGGCCAGUCAAGGAGCAACCCGCCCGGGUCUAUGGUGUUCCACCACGCGCAAUCAAUGCGACAGAGCACGGCCGUGAGGAACGUGAUUGUGGUGUUGGGCAAAGACCACGGCGACAACUACUGGCUGACCGGGAUUCUGCUCCCCGCAGCCUGGGCCAAGAUUGAAGAGGACAUAAAUAGGAUGUCUCAAUGGCAGUAA